AUGGAGUCACUUCAGCAGAUACUGGGAACAGACAAUGUUUCGCAAGACACAACCGUAAUAACCCCAAAGGCAGACAACAAGACAGACAACCAGGAGGAAGAAGAUAUUUUCCAAACAUUUAUAAAAGAAUGUAAGAUUCCUGAUUAUCAGGCGAAUGUAUCUGCGUCAAAGGAAUUUGAGACGUUAAAGAAGAAACAAGAUACUUUGAGAUCCACUCUGGAGACCGUCGUACCGCCCUUACGUGAAUAUAUUGUCAGUUUUUCCAAGAGGUUAUCUGAUUUUACAAGCGAUUUAAGUUUUAUUAGAAGUAAAUCUUCUGAACUUAAGAAUUUGUUAGAGUAUAAUUCGAAAAAAUUAGAGACCAUAAGCCCGUUGGUGAAUGAUCUUAUCAUUCCCAUUGAUGUGAUUAAUGAAAUUCUUCACGGGAAGAUCAAUGCUUCUUGGCAAGAAAAUAUCAACUUUAUAAGAGACAAGCAAGAAAUAUAUUCGAAAUAUCAUCCAACUUCUGAUAACUCGGAAACAACAACUAAUGAUUUGGAAGUUCCAAAGGAUUUCGAAAUAAUGAAUGAUAUUUUGGAGUGUUUGAAACUAAUUAUCUUAGAAAGAUCAAAGAAAUUCAUUGUUCAUAAUAUUAAGUUACUAAGACGGCAUCACCCAACACCUUCACAGCGUAUACAAAACGAUAUGAUUCAAGUAGCUGAAUGCUUCCAAUUCAUAGUGGAGAAUAAUUAUUCAUUGGCUUUAGAAUUAAGACAGGCCUAUUCAUAUACAAUGAGAUGGUAUUAUAAACAAUAUUUUGCUCGUUAUAUAAGAUCAUUGACCAUUCUACAGUUUAAGGCAAUUGAUACACAGUAUGCAUUGGGGAAUGGGUUGACAAACAUCAAAAUAGACGAGAAUAGUAACGACAAGUCGAAUAGUACAUUAUUUUCAUCGUACUUAUCGCCAAAUUAUUUAUAUGGGCUAUCAACCAUCUCCAAUGAGACAAUUUCAGAAUACUUCCAGAUAAAGAGAAGAUUAUCUAUAUUAUCCCAAGAAGAUAAUACUGUCAUGAUAUCACAAAUUGCAGAGAAUAAUAGAAAUAAGGAGAAUUACAUUGAAAUUGGAUUUAAGAAUUUAAAUCUUGCUAUCCUUGAUAAUUGUUCAGUGGAAUAUAAUUUUUUGAAGUCAUUCUUUAGGGUAAGCGACAAUGUUGAAGAACUGAAUGGUAUCUUGGAACAAAUAUUUCAACCAACAUUGGAUCAAGCCAUGGAAUAUACAAUUCACCAACUUUUACAACAAACAUACGAUAUAUUUGGUGUUCUUAUUAGCAUUAGAGUCGCGAAUCAAUUACAAUUUGAAACGGAACGAAGAAAUGUACCAAUCAUCUCAGAAUAUCUUAAUAAUCAAUUAAUUCUAUUAUGGCCAAGAUUCCAACAAUUAAUUGACUUCCAAUGUGAAAAUCUACGAAAAAUUUCAAUAACGCAAAAUAUGGUCAAGAAAAAUAAUAAUGCCAUUCUGAGCAAGCCACACGAACUGACAGUACAAUUUGGGAAAUUUUUAUCUAGUUUAUUAAUGCUAGCAGGGAAAAGUGCUUUCCAAGAAGGUAGCGAUGAAACAAUGAACGAUGAACGCGCUGAACCCCUUUAUAAUUCUAUCAUCAGAAUGAGAAAUGAAUUUGAGACAGUAAUGACAAAAUGUAGUAAAGUCACUUCAUCCCCCGAAAGAUUUCUAUCAUUGAAUUAUUUGUACCUAUACAAUAUUUUACAAAAGCAGCAUUUAGCCAUACAAGAUGAUGAAGCAAGGGAAGAGUUCGAUGAUACUUUAGAUACAUCCAAUGAUUCUAACAUAAAAUUGGACAAUACACCUUUAAUUUUCAAAGAGACUGAAGACCAUUUCAAAAUAUUGGUGGAAGCAUAUAGUAAAGUAACUUAA